UUCUCCCGCGGCCGCGGGGGCUUCUCGGGGUCCGCGCACACCUUGCACUGCCAGGACCCGAGUGGAGCUUCCCCGCGGCCUGGCCUCGUCCGAUCCCGAGUGGUACCAUGAUUCGGGGUUCAGGCAGCCCCCUGGCCUGGCUCUCAUCUGGCCCGGGCAACGUGAAUUUGAGCAGCUUAGGUCCAGCAGAGGGGCCCACAGGCUCAGCUGCAUCACUGCCCUCGCCCAGGGCCUGGGAUGUGGUGCUGUGCAUCUCAGGCACCUUGGUGUCCUGCGAGAAUGCAUUGGUGGUAGCCAUCAUCGUCGGCACUCCUGCCUUCCGUGCUCCCAUGUUUCUGCUGGUGGGCAGCUUGGCCGUGGCAGACCUGCUGGCAGGCCUGGGCCUGGUCCUGCAUUUCGCUGCUGUCUUCUGCAUCGGCUUGGCGGAGAUGAGCCUGGUGCUGGUUGGCGUGCUGGCGAUGGCCUUUACCGCCAGCAUCGGCAGCCUGCUGGCCAUCACUGUCGACCGCUACCUUUCCCUGUACAAUGCCCUCACCUACUACUCGGAGACAACAGUGACUCGGACCUAUGUGAUGCUGGCCUUAGUGUGGGGAGGUGCCCUGGGCCUGGGACUGCUGCCUGUGCUGGCCUGGAACUGCCUGGAUGGCCUGACCAUGUGCGGUGUGGUGUAUCCACUUUCCAAGAACCAUCUGGUGGUCCUGGCCAUUGCCUUUUUCAUGGUGUUUGGCAUCAUGCUGCAGCUCUAUGCCCAGAUCUGCCGCAUUGUCUGCCGCCAUGCCCAGCAGAUUGCCCUCCAACGGCACCUGCUACCUGCCUCCCACUACGUGGCCACCCGCAAGGGCAUUGCCACACUGGCUGUGGUGCUUGGCGCCUUUGCCGCCUGCUGGUUGCCCUUCACCAUCUAUUGCCUGCUGGGUGAUGCGGAGUCCCCACGCCUCUACACCUAUCUCACCUUGCUCCCCGCCACCUACAACUCCAUGAUCAACCCCAUCAUCUAUGCCUUCCGCAACCAGGAUGUGCAGAAGGUACUGUGGGCCAUUUGCUGCUGCUGUUCCUCUUCCAAGAUCCCUUUCCGAUCUCGCUCCCCCAGUGACGUCUAGUUACCGUGUGGUGACUCUGCAACCCUAUCACUACAGAAUUCCAGAAUGAAUGUUAGAUCCUCCAGGUCUUCGUUCCAAGCGCCCAGCUCCACACCCCCAAGACCCAGCUGGUUCUGGAGUUCUAGGACAUUGGGUGUUUCAGGUUUCUGUUCAAGAUCCCUGCAGGGGCCCAGCUGGCUCCAUGGUUCCAGAACUUUCCAGCUGGUCAGGAUUCCACUUAGAAAUGUCCCACUGCCCAGCUAGCUCACAAUUCCAGAAUGCUGGGAAUUUUACAGUGCCAUUCCAAAGUCUUGACCUUUCCCCUCCCUCAGACUUGACCUUGGCCGCGUCACUUUAUUUUUUAAUUUCUAAGCUCAAGAGUCAGAGUAGUCACUUAGUUGCCUAAAUAGAAGAAAGAUUUAUCUAUAUAUAUGUGCACAUAAAGAAAAUAUAUUUAUUAUUUAUUUAUUAUAAAUUUAUUUAUGGGUGGUGAGGGGAAACAGAGACCCACACCUUGAAAUCUAGGCCAUACCAGGGUAUCCCUACACCGCCCCCCCCCAUUUCUGACCUCAGUUCCUGAAGGGGAGAAAUGGAGAAAGAGAAAUCAUGUAUUUUGUUAUUAUUUUUGCUUAUUUUUUAAUCGAAGAGAUCAUAAAAACCAGAGCUUUCUCCCCAGGCCCGCCCCCCUCGGGUUUGCAAGGGGAACACACCAGCCUCUGGUUUUUUAUUUUUUUAAGAAGCCAUCACCUGAGCAACCGAGAAUUCCUCUGCGCUGGGGCGGACUGUCCUCUGGUGGCCCUUUGGGGGAACUGCAUCCUG